CCCAAACCAAGUGGCAACCAGAAAACCAAAAAAACCAAACCAAUUAGAGCAACAGUCGCAAGCAAACACUCCUACACUCUCAGGGAACUCGAUAAAAGCAGCAAAAAGCCCCAAAACCCAACCCCUUUCCUCUUUGAUCCUCCCAAAACGAUCGCCAAAACCCCCGUUCUGUUCAUCUUCUCCUUCUCCAAUCUUACUUUCCUCAUCAAAGGAGCUUCCUUUCUGCAAGAGGAAGGCAAGGAUGGAGGGAAAAGAGUAAAGGGUAUAUAGGCAUUGAUGUCUUAUGGCAUGCCAGAGGAAGAAGAAGCACUGCAUUGAAUUGAAGGGUUUGAAGGGUCUCUACUUUUGGAUCUUUGCCAAAGCUUGAAUCUUUUCGUGCUGGGUUUUUUUCUGGGACCAUGAAAAGCUUCUGGUUUUUUGCUCAGUUUGUUCUCGUCUUCCUGGUGUUCUUCCCUCCGAUUGCCUCUGUGGCGGUGGAAGCAUUCACUGGAGCAUAUGGAAUAAAUUACGGAAGAAUUGCAGAUAACAUCCCUUCUCCUGAUAAAGUUGCUACUCUUCUCAGAGCAGCAAAGAUAAAGAAUGUCAGGAUAUAUGAUGCUGAUCACAGUGUUCUCAAGGCUUUUAGCGGGACUGGGCUUGAGUUAGUGGUAGGGCUUCCAAAUGGGUACCUGAAAGACAUGAGUGCCAAUGAAGAUCAUGCAAUGGAUUGGGUUAAAGAGAAUGUGCAGGCGUUCCUUCCUGACACGCAUAUCUGCGGGAUUGCUGUGGGUAAUGAAGUUUUAGGUGGGGUUGAUUAUGAAUUGUGGGCAGCUCUUUUGGGUGCAGUCAAAAACAUCUAUAAUGCGAUAAAGAAGCUAGGAUUAACUGAUGUAGUUCAGAUUACUACUGCACAUUCACAGGCCGUUUUUGCUAAUUCUUAUCCUCCCUCUUCAUGUAUAUUUAAAGAUAAUAUUAAGCAGCAGUACAUGAAGCCGCUUUUGGAGUUCUUCUCAGAAAUCGGGUCUCCCUUCUGUUUAAAUGCUUACCCAUUCCUUGCCUACAUGAGUGAUCCGGAGAAUAUUGAUAUUAAUUAUGCUCUGUUCCAGAAAACUCAAGGAAUUUACGAUCCAAAAACUGACCUUCAUUAUGAUAACAUGCUCGAUGCUCAGAUUGAUGCAGCGUAUGCAGCAUUGGAAGAUGCUGGGUUCAAAAAGAUGGAAGUUAUUAUUACAGAGACAGGAUGGGCUUCACGUGGAGAUGACAGUGAAGCUGCCGCAACUGUAAAUAAUGCAAGGACAUACAAUUAUAAUCUACGUAAAAGGCUAGCAAAGAAAAAAGGGACCCCUAUGCGGCCAAAGUUUGUAGUGAAGGCAUACAUUUUUGCCAUUUUUAAUGAAGACUUGAAACCGGGACCAACUUCUGAGAGAAAUUUUGGACUGUUCAAGCCUGAUGGGACGAUUGCAUAUGAUAUUGGGUAUCGUGGACUUGUAUCAUCAUCUGCAGAUUCGUUGCGGUUAUCUUCAAAGGACAUUGGAGCUCAAGGUUGGCCUCGGUUGCAAUUCUUGAUACUAUCAAUUUCUUCUGCAGCAUUGCUUCUGUUUUUAGGUAAUGAUUGAGCGAAGCGGGCAGCAGCAGUCGGAGUUCAGAGCUCGACUAUCAUCUCCUUCAAAGUACAAACGCCAUAACAGAACCGAUUCUUAAGUUUCGUAAACUAUGUGCUAGCAGCUAGCUAUUGCUUAUUAAGUAUAUAUACUUAUGAGGAAAUGUAUAUCAGUUUUGCUUCUUACAAAUCACUAUUCUUCCAUUACCUCCAAGCUUCUUGGGGUUUACAUUUUAUGACAGAAGAACUGUUUAUUUUCUCCUUUA